AGGAUCCGCUGCGAGCGUCACAUCUCCCUUCAGCUACACGCUAAGCUGGCCCCGGCUGUGCUGUUCGCUCCGGCAACUUUGACCUGGAGUAGCCGAAGUUCCGCGGGAUAUUAGAGUGUCCCACAACAGUCCCCUCCUUGGUGACAUUAGACAAAACCCAUUUGGGUGGGCUCCCGGUCUGCACCGCUCGUAAAGGGUGCUCAGCAGGGGAAGGUGGCUUCGAGAGUUCGAAGACAAGGGGGAGAGGAAGGCGUGUCUAGGGUUUAGAAAGAACUAAUGGGUGGCACCGAGGGGAACGCGAGGGGACCGAGGUUGGGUGUCUCGGAACAGAAGGAGCUGCCAGGCUGAUCCGGCCGGCUUGUUUGGAUGGAGAGUUGCCUAGGCAAGCGGUGCACUUGAGAGCCUCUCCUUCCCCCUCUCCAGAGUGCUCUCCAGCGAUGAGGUCACAGCCCCUUGGAGCCCUCCUCCUCCCUCCGGUUCCCUCCCGCGCCCCGGUCUCCUCCAGCGUCUGGCGCAGGGCAGUGGGAAUGAGGCGAUAGAGCGCGCAAUGAUGAAGUAGCGCAAGAGGUCUCUUGGAAAAUGAAGCCGGGGUCCCUGCUGCAGCUAACGCUGCUGCUCGCCCUGCCUGGGAGCCUGCGGGGCAGAGGGUGUGCGUCUCCACCCUGCCAGUGCCACCAGGAGGACGACUUCAGAGUCACCUGCAAGGAACUCCACCGAAUCCCCAUCCUACCGCCCAGCACCCAGACUCUGAAGCUCAUCGAGACUCACCUGAAGACCAUUCCAAGCCUUGCAUUUUCAAAUCUGCCCAAUAUUUCCAGGAUCUAUUUGUCAAUAGACGCAACUCUGCAGCGGCUGGAACCACAUUCUUUCUACAAUUUGAGUAAAAUGACUCACAUAGAAAUCCGGAACACCAGAAGCUUAACUUACAUAGACCCUGAUGCCCUGACAGAGCUCCCCUUACUCAAGUUCCUUGGAAUUUUCAACACUGGACUUAGAAUAUUCCCUGACCUGACCAAAAUUUAUUCCACUGACGUAUUCUUUAUACUUGAAAUCACAGACAACCCUUACAUGACUUCAGUCCCUGAAAACGCAUUUCAGGGACUAUGCAAUGAAACCUUGACCCUGAAACUAUACAACAACGGGUUUACUUCAAUCCAAGGACAUGCUUUCAAUGGAACAAAGCUGGAUGCUGUCUACCUAAACAAGAAUAAAUACCUGACAGCUAUUGACAAAGAUGCUUUCGGAGGAGUAUACAGUGGACCAACCUUGCUAGAUGUGUCUUCCACCAGUGUCACUGCCCUGCCCUCCAAGGGCUUGGAGCACCUGAAAGAACUGAUCGCAAAAAACACUUGGACUCUCAAGAAGCUUCCACUGUCCUUGAGUUUCCUGCACCUCACACGGGCUGACCUCUCUUACCCGAGCCACUGCUGUGCUUUUAAGAACCAGAAGAAAAUCAGAGGAAUCCUAGAGUCCCUAAUGUGUAAUGAGAGCAGUAUCCGGAACCUGCGUCAAAGAAAAUCAGUGAAUGUCUUGAGGGGUCCCACCUACCAGGAGUACGAGGAUGAUCUGGGUGACAACAGUGUUGGGUACAAACAAAACUCCGGGUUCCAGGAGAGCCCCAGCAACUCUCAUUAUUACGUCUUCUUUGAAGAACAGGAAGAUGAGAUCUUGGGUUUUGGCCAAGAGCUCAAAAAUCCCCAGGAAGAGACUCUCCAAGCCUUCGACAGCCACUAUGACUACACCGUGUGUGGGGACAAUGAAGACAUGGUGUGCACCCCCAAGUCGGAUGAGUUUAACCCCUGUGAAGACAUCAUGGGCUACAAGUUCCUGAGGAUCGUGGUGUGGUUUGUCAGUUUGCUGGCUCUCCUGGGUAACGUCUUCGUCCUGCUUAUUCUCCUAACCAGCCACUACAAACUGACCGUGCCCCGCUUCCUGAUGUGCAACUUGGCCUUUGCAGACUUCUGCAUGGGGGUGUACCUGCUUCUCAUUGCCUCUGUCGACCUGCACACGCACUCUGAGUACUACAACCACGCCAUCGACUGGCAGACAGGCCCCGGAUGCAACACAGCCGGUUUCUUCACCGUCUUCGCCAGUGAGUUAUCUGUGUACACGCUAACAGUCAUCACGCUGGAGCGAUGGUACGCCAUCACCUUCGCCAUGCGCCUGGAUAGGAAGAUUCGCCUCAGGCACGCGUACACCGUCAUGGCUGGGGGCUGGGUCUCCUGCUUCCUUCUUGCCCUGCUCCCUAUGAUAGGAAUAAGCAGCUAUGCGAAGGUCAGCAUCUGCCUGCCAAUGGACACCGACACCCCUCUUGCUCUGGCCUACAUUGUCCUCGUUCUGUUACUCAAUGUCAUUGCCUUUGUCAUUGUCUGUUCCUGCUAUGUGAAGAUCUACAUCACCGUCCGGAAUCCCCAGUACAACCCUCGAGAUAAAGACACCAAGAUUGCCAAGAGAAUGGCUGUGUUGAUCUUCACUGACUUCAUGUGCAUGGCCCCCAUCUCCUUCUAUGCCCUGUCAGCACUUAUGAACAAGCCUCUUAUAACCGUUACUAAUUCCAAAAUCUUGCUGGUUCUCUUCUAUCCCCUCAACUCCUGUGCCAAUCCGUUUCUCUACGCUAUUUUCACCAAGGCCUUCCAGAGGGAUGUGUUCAUUCUUCUCAGUAAGUUUGGCAUCUGCAAACGCCAGGCCCAGGCAUACCAAGGUCAGAGAGUCGCUCCAAACAAUAGUACUGGUCUUCAGAUCCAAAAGGUUCCCCAGGACACGAGGCAGAGUCUCCCCAACAUGCAAGAUGCCUAUGAACUGCUUGGAAGUUCCCACCUAACUCCAAAACUACAGAGACAAACUUCAGAAGACUAUAAACAAACGGCCUUGUAAACUGACGCUACACCAGUCCCAGCGGGACUGACAAAAGGCUGGUUUCUUGAACACACAUUCCAAUCCCAUGACACAGGAAUGCAUAGCUUCAUGUAGGUGAUGUUUCAUAGGGUCAGAGUUCAUCUCUAGAGAGUAUUGCCUCCAAGAAGGGACAACAGCUAUCAGCAGAUCUGAGUCCUGGGGGAUAUGAAGUCUAUGCUCUCCAGGGGACUUGCUUGAUGCUCAUCUAUGACACCGUGCAACGUGUUCCACGGAUAACAUCUGAACCAUUCCCAUACCCAUCUUCUCCAUUUUCGUGUAGGGAUUUUUGUUUCGUUUUGUUUUUUACAAAAGAUUCAACAAGUGGCCAGUGUUCAUUUACUUAGGCAGCUCCAUAUUGGGUCCUUUGAUAUAUAACCAAAGGCAGUUUUUAUCCCUUAAAACUAAAGUGUCACACUUGAGAGGUGGAGGCAAUGGGGAUUCAGGGUUCUUCUGUGGCGACAUAGUGAGUUUCAAGCCAGCCUGGGCUACAUGAGACCCCAUCUCAAGGUACCAAAAGAACCUUGGAAACCAAACACAACUAGAUGACACAUGAUUGCUUUUACUAAAUAUAAAAAGGGGCAAAGUCUAACUCUGAGAGGUUUUGGUUUGGUUUGGUUUGGUUUUUUCUGAAACAAUUUCCUCCUCUCCAGGCUCCACCUGCUAUAAUCUGGCUGCAAUGCAUCGACUAGAGAAACCGCUAAGACUUUAGCUUCUGUGGCUGAGCAAACUGAGAAUUGUCUUCCUGUACAAGCUGUGAACUCUGGAAGACAUUUCUAAGCAACAUAUAGGAAUGAGGCCAGAGUUCUCUCAGUCACCUGUUGAAUAAUACAACUAUGCACCAUUUAACUGCCUGGCUUCAAGCAAGUCCCUGAAACUUCAAAUUCUAUAGACAUGGAGGCACAUGAUCUAGAUAUAUCUCUCCCUCAAUAGAUAUAUUUUCAUGACAAAGAGAAAAAAAAAAGCACUACUUAAAUAGAAUCUAUUUUUUUUCUACUUUGUGGGGCUGCUGUCUACUUUUUAGAACCAUUACAUACGGCCCCAAAAGAUUUUUUCUUUAUUUCAUUUUGAUCAUCAUGUCUGAACCAAAAAUUCUGCUGAGUGACUAUAUGGAGCCAUAUCCUAAUUAUUCAUCUAAUUAUUAUAUCUAUACUGCUGUCAAGUCCAAAACAGACAUGAAUUUAUGUAACGGGAUAAUAAUACAGCUGGGUGUGAUGGUGCACACCUUUAAUCCUAGCAUUCAGGAGGCAGAGGCCAUAGAUCUCUGAGUUCGAGGCCAGCCUGGUUUACAGAGUGAGUUCCAAGACAGCCUGAGCUACACAGAGAAACCCUGCCUCAAAAAACCAAAACAAAACAAAACAAAAUAUAAACAAAUAAUUGAGUUAUUAUAUGACUGCAUAGACUCACUUCAAAACAUUUAACUCGUCUUCACAGAUCUGUGGAUUUUUGUUUUUUUGUUUUGUGUUCGCGCUCUGCAGCUCACGCCACGCUGACACUGCCAGGAAAGAAAUCUUUUCAUCUGACAUGGCCAGUUCCUUCUAACCCUGCCAAUCACAAUAAAACUUUUAUACCCCAAUGGUAGCCUUGCUUCAGACAGUCAGGAACUGUGUAUUCAGGUGUGCCUCCCAGGUUGCCCGUCUGGUUAGCUCUCUUAUUAUUAUUGUUAAGUGUCCCUCCAAGCAGAUCUGGCAUUUGCCUCUUAGUGCUCAUGAACCAAAGCAGGAAAGACAAGGCUUCUGUCACUUUCAGUCUGUGAAGGAGGGUUCAUGGGUCAUCUAACACAGUCCCUACCUGACUGGCCUGGUACUUUGUCACCGUCGCAUAAGCAUGGGCCUUCCCAGCAAUUCACUUGUAACAAUGAAAUUAAACAAACGUGUUACCUUGUGGCAUAUGUUUCUCUCUUGUGACAUUUUGAAUUUUCACAUCUGGACAGAUAAUAUGCUUCAUCUUGAGUAGCUGAUCUAGUAAUUUGAAAGCAAAGUCCUAGAAGAGUGACUUCAACAAAUAUGUUAUUAAAAUUCACAUUGACAGCAUGAAAUAACUUUUCUUUCUGUACUAAUGUUUAUAGUAUUUUUUUAAUUGGUCAGUUUCUUU